GGAGGAGCUAUAGCAGGAGAGGAUUGGGCAAGCAGGAGAGGAUUGUAGCGUGUAGCCGGCAAAAUGCCAGGCGGACGACGUGGACUGGUUGCGCCGCAGAACACAUUCCUCGAGAACAUCAUCCGGCGCUCCAAUUCGCAGCCGGAUAGCUCGUUUCUUUUGGCCAACGCACAAAUCGUCGAUUUCCCGAUCGUCUACUGCAAUGAGUCCUUCUGCAAGAUCAGCGGCUACAACCGGGCCGAGGUCAUGCAGAAGUCGUGCAGGUAUGUAUGCGGCUUCAUGUACGGCGAGCUGACAGACAAGGAGACGGUGGGACGGCUGGAGUAUACGCUGGAGAACCAGCAACAGGAUCAGUUCGAGAUUCUCCUCUACAAGAAGAACAAUUUGCAAUGUGGCUGCGCCCUUUCGGAUUUCGGCAAGGCACAAACCCAAGAAACCCCGCUAUGGCUGUUGCUGCAAGUGGCGCCCAUCCGGAACGAACGGGACCUGGUGGUGCUGUUCCUGCUGACCUUCCGGGAUAUUACGGCCCUGAAGCAGCCCAUCGACAGCGAAGACACCAAAGGAGUUUUAGGUCUCUCGAAGUUCGCCAAGUUGGCCCGCUCGGUGACGCGGAGUCGCCAGUUCAGCGCCCAUCUGCCCACACUAAAGGAUCCCACGAAACAGUCCAACCUGGCGCAUAUGAUGUCGCUGAGCGCGGACAUCAUGCCACAGUACCGACAGGAAGCGCCCAAGACCCCGCCACACAUACUCCUGCAUUAUUGUGCAUUUAAAGCAAUUUGGGACUGGGUGAUAUUGUGUUUAACAUUUUAUACCGCCAUCAUGGUGCCAUACAAUGUAGCGUUUAAAAAUAAAACCUCAGAGGAUGUUUCCCUGCUCGUGGUCGAUUCGAUAGUCGAUGUUAUAUUCUUUAUAGAUAUUGUUUUAAACUUCCACACAACGUUCGUGGGUCCUGGUGGCGAGGUGGUCAGCGACCCGAAAGUCAUAAGGAUGAACUACCUAAAGUCCUGGUUCAUCAUCGACCUGCUCAGCUGCCUGCCCUACGACGUGUUCAACGCGUUCGACCGGGACGAGGAUGGGAUCGGAUCCCUGUUCAGUGCCCUCAAGGUGGUCCGGUUGCUCCGGCUGGGUCGGGUGGUGCGCAAGCUGGACCGCUACCUGGAGUACGGUGCGGCCAUGCUGAUCCUGCUGCUCUGCUUCUACAUGCUGGUGGCUCACUGGCUGGCCUGCAUCUGGUACUCGAUCGGCAGGAGUGAUGCCGACAACGGGAUCCAAUACAGCUGGCUGUGGAAACUGGCGAAUGUAACGCAGUCCCCGUACUCGUAUAUUUGGAGCAACGACACCGGGCCGGAAUUAGUCAACGGGCCGUCGCGGAAAAGCAUGUACGUGACGGCCCUAUACUUCACCAUGACCUGCAUGACCUCGGUGGGCUUUGGCAAUGUCGCCGCGGAGACAGACAACGAGAAGGUGUUCACCAUCUGCAUGAUGAUCAUUGCAGCUCUGCUGUAUGCGACGAUCUUCGGUCAUGUGACCACCAUCAUCCAGCAGAUGACCUCAGCCACGGCCAAGUACCACGACAUGCUGAAUAAUGUGCGAGAGUUCAUGAAACUGCACGAAGUGCCCAAGGCGCUGAGCGAACGCGUUAUGGACUAUGUCGUCUCCACCUGGGCCAUGACCAAGGGCCUGGACACCGAGAAGGUACUAAACUAUUGUCCGAAAGAUAUGAAGGCUGACAUAUGUGUUCAUCUAAAUCGCAAAGUAUUUAACGAGCAUCCGGCAUUUCGUCUGGCCUCGGAUGGUUGUCUCCGGGCACUGGCGAUGCACUUCAUGAUGUCGCACUCGGCGCCCGGGGAUCUACUGUACCACACCGGCGAGAGCAUCGACAGCUUAUGCUUCAUAGUGACUGGAAGUCUGGAGGUGAUACAGGACGACGAGGUUGUGGCAAUAUUGGGCAAGGGCGACGUCUUCGGCGAUCAAUUCUGGAAGGACUCGGCCGUUGGCCAGAGCGCGGCCAAUGUGCGCGCCCUAACCUAUUGUGAUUUGCAUGCCAUCAAACGUGAUAAAUUGCUCGAAGUCCUCGAUUUCUAUUCGGCAUUUGCGAAUAGCUUUGCACGCAAUCUGGUGCUCACCUACAAUCUCAGACAUCGACUGAUUUUUCGCAAGGUGGCCGAUGUGAAGCGCGAAAAAGAAUUGGCCGAACGUCGUAAGAAUGAGCCGCAAUUGCCCCAGAAUCAGGAUCAUCUUGUCCGGAAGAUCUUCUCCAAAUUCCGUCGUACACCGCAGGUUCAGGCCGGCAGCAAGGAGCUGGUGGGCGGUUCCGGUCAAAGUGAUGUCGAAAAAGGUGACGGCGAGGUCGAGCGUACUAAGCUACCAGCAAAACUGACACUUACCGAGGACGCUCGCAUCCUAACCACCGCCGCCGCGCCCUCGCCAUCGCCAUCCCCCUCGCCCUCCUCGGGUCCACCAUCUGCGCGCAGUACACGGGCCAGCAAGUGGGGACGCCUCCUGGGCAGUUCAAGCGUCGAUUCAGCUAGCGAAACCAGCGCCAAGGUAGCCGUCUCGAGAAGUUUGAGCGCCCGCGAAAGUCUCCGAGAGAGCACCGCCCAAGCGCGGCAGAGUAGUACUUCGAGUAGCAAUGGUGGACAAGGCAACAAAGUUUUCCCCAAGGCGCCCAAACUGCAGGCCAGCCAGGCCACCCUGGCCCGCCAGGACACCAUCGACGAGGGCGGCGAGGUGGACUCCUCCCCGCCCAGUCGCGACAGUCGUGUGGUCAUCGAAGGUGCCACAGGAGCAGCAGGCGGUGGUGGCAGUGGCACAGCAGCCGCAGGAGGAGGAGGAGGAGCUGGAGCAGCCGGUAGUGGAGCUGGACAAGCGGCAGCAACCAGUUCGUCGUCAGGCGCCGCCACUGGAGGAGUUCCGGCUGGUGAACGGAAUCUGGCACUGGAAAGGGAGCGACAGAUAGAAAUGGCCAGCUCCAGGGCCACCACCUCGGACACCUAUGACACGGGUCUCCGGGAGACGCCACCAACGCUGGCACAGCGCGAUCUCAUUGCCACCGUGCUGGACAUGAAGGUGGACGUGCGACUGGAGCUGCAGCGAAUGCAGCAGAGGAUCGGACGGAUUGAGGAUCUGCUGGGUGAGCUGGUGAAGAGAUUGGGAACGGGCAGUAGUGGUGGUGGUGGUGGUCCGACUGCGCCGGAUAGCAGUGGCCAGACAACGCCUGGCGAUGAGAUAUGUACCGGAUGUGGUGCAACCGGAGGAGCGGCAGCAGCAGGGGGAGCUGGAACACCGACAGCACCCUCGGUGGUGACCACACCAGUGGACACUGUGAUAACCAUCUCAUCGCCGGGAGCAACGGCAACGGCAACGUCAACGUCAACGGCAGCUGGCGCUGGCGGCAGCGGUCUGCUAAAUCCCGGCGCCCCAGUUGUGUCGAGCGCGGGAGGCAACGGCCUGGGGCCGCUGAUGCUCAAGAAGCGACGCUCGAAGAGCAGGAAAGCACCGGCGCCUCCUAAGCAGACACUCGCCUCGACGGCCGGCACCGCGACCGCAGCUCCCACGGGCGUCGCCGGAUCUGGCAUGACAACGACGACGCCAGCGUCGGCAGCGCCAUCAGGAUCAUCAGCGGAUCAACCGGAGGCAUCAUCAUCAUCCCCAACAUCGGCCCCUCCGGCGGCGGUGGAGUUGCUGCAUUUGCGUCUCCUCGAAGAAGACUUUACGGCAGCCCAAAUGCCAUCCAGUUCGGGUGUAGGUGGAACGGUUGGCAGUCCCACGGCCGCAACCACGCCCACUCCGCCGCCGGGCAGUGGCAGUGGCACGCCCACCACCACACCCACUGGCAGUGGACCGAGAAGCUCCAAACGGGAGUUCCUCUAGCCUCUAGAGAGCAGUGGCCGCCAACAGGAACAGCAAUAAUACAAAGGAGCAGCUAAAGCAGGAGAUGGAGGAGGAGUAUGGCUCCAGCCACGCCCACUCGCAAGCCUACGCCUACGCUUAGUUAGUCUAUUACAUAAUAAGAUACAGCCUGUAACCUCAAAACUCUCAAGAAAAGUAACACAUACUCUCGUGUAAACCAAAGAUCUGAAAAGUCCAAUGCAGGAUAUGGUUCUAUCAUUCCAAAAGUUAAGCUUUCCCAUGAAAAGAACUUUAAUUUUAUUUGAGAAUUUGAAAAAAAAACUGGAGAGAUCUUUUCGAAACUCAAGCUCAAGUUCUCAAAAAAUUUUUCAACUUAUCCAAGUUUCAAACCAUAACCAGGGAUGAUGGAAAAAUGUCCUGCAAUGGAAAGAGAUACAAAAAAAAAACUAUCUUUUAUGCUAAAAAAGAAGCUAUCUCUAUAAAAGCUAUCCCUCUCUUUUUCUCACACAUACACAAACACUAAAACACACACACACUCUGAAUGGAAGUGCUCGAUACUCGAUAUUCGAUACUCUAACCGUUAUAUGAUUAUGAUUACGAUAGCAUUAGCGAUAAACGAUAAAGAUUAAGGCAAGCAUAUUGCUUACGAAUUUGCUACAUUUACUGCAAUUAUUUACCUUUAUAUACAGAUAUAUAUAUGUAUAUAUAUAUAUACAAAGGACAUCCAUUAACACACACACACAAACACAAGACAAGGACACAGAUAUAGCUGUAUGUAAAUAUGGAUAAUUUUGUGAUAACUGCUAACGGUGGCAAAAAACCAGAUAAUGCUUACAACCAACAACCAACAGACCGAUCAAAAUAAUGCCCGUGAAUUGUAUAUAGCCUAUAAUUGUAGAAAAGGAUCUAUAUAGAGAUCACACACACACACACACACACACACACAUAGACACAACAAUCGAUCUGAAAGUCAUAGAUAUAUCUUUUGGAGAUGGGAGCUUGCUGAGAGAUGACUUAUAAAAUGGCUAACAAUUAGUUAAAAUGUACAGAAGACACACAUUUUCACACAGAUAUGGAUAUUAACCCGUCCUAAACUAAAAAACUAAAAACUAAAAAACAAAAAAAACUAAAAAAACUAAACUUAACGAAACUCGAACGCGGCUUGAGCACUUCGCACUCGCACUCGCUUGGCUCCCUAUAUUACAUAUAUAUUAUAUAUAUUUUUUAGGCUAAUAGACUCGGAUGGAAACUCAACCUAAAAACCAAACCAAUAGUUAACUCAGCAACACAGUAAAGUCUAAGUAAGGUGGCAGGUUAGAGCUAGAACUAUAGUAUGAGGCCGCUAAACGAAACGACAAUCGACAGACCUAAGGAUACAAAAAACAAAAAAAAAACCAGAAACAGAAUAGAAAAAAUAUUAAAAUAUAGAUAAAAAUAAAAAGGAACAAAAAACAAACCAUAAGUUAAAUCUCUAGCAAAUAUCAAAAAAAAUUGAUUUGUUGGAUCAUUUGUAAAUAAUUUAUUUAAAAAAAUUAGAAAAAGGAUAUGUUACCCACACAUGCUCACAAACAUUACACUACACUACACACACACACACACAUAUACACAUAUUUUGUGAUAAAAAAAAAAUUAGCUAAACCAAAACCAAUUGAAACCAAGAAAGAAAAACCCAAAAACAAAAAAAAAAUUAGAAAAGAAAUUAGAUAAUUGUUUAUGCUGGCAUUUUGAAAGGCUUGCACUUGGCAUAUAUAUUAUAUAGUUUAUACCAGAGUUCUCCGAGAUGGACAAGACAAGAAUGUAUGUAGGAAAGUGUUGUUAGAAUACCGUACUCUAUAGCAUAUAUAUAUAUAUAUAUAUAUAUAUAUUGUAUCGGCUAUAAGUAGAGAGGAUCCGUGUCCUGGGCAGCUUAGAGGCAAGGUUUCAUUAUGUUUAAGAAUCAGUUAAUGUCCACUUGAAUAUCGUUCAGUUACAAUGUUUUUUCGAUUCGCCUAGUUGGAUAUAUAUAUUUGAUAUUUGAUACUUAUAGUGUGUAGAGAUCCGGGGCAGAUCCCGCCAUUAGCAAUACACUAAAAUAUGUACUGUCUUCCAGCAAAAGCUGUACAGUAGAGGAGUUUCGGGGGGUUAGGAAUUUUUUCUUUUUUUGGGGUUUACAACAAACUGGGCGGGACUGUCUCCCAAAAAAAAAGAAAAACAACAAAUUAUAAUAAUGAAAUAUUAAAAAAGUUACUUAGUUCUAGAUUGUAGAUUUUUUCGAUUCCCAUUCCCAUUUGGGAGCCCCGGAGGGUCCUCUCGUCAAACCAAAAAGCAAUUCAAGUGGUAUUAAAACUUAAAACACACACAAUAUACACACCUAACACUCACCCACACUUACACUCACCUACACUUAAACAUAUACGUAUUUCCAAUACUCUACAAUGAAUCAAAAAGUUAAAAAGGAUAGCGAAUGAAAAUUUGUUGCAUACGUUUAGGCGCUAAUUUGUAGUUGAAAGUUUAACGAAUGUAGCUGGCUCACUGUAAAUAGUUUUUUUUUUUUAAAUAUUGUAUAACUAAAAAUUUGAAUGAAUAUAAAUAUAAAGAUAAAUUAUAUAUAGAGUUUAGGCAACUGAAGAGUAACGCCCUAGGGCCAGAGAAGGUAAAACCAAAGAGUAACAAAUUCUAAAAGGGUUAUAUCAAAGUUUUAGAUUGUUUUCCAAAUACUUUCCAUGCAUACCCCUUAUUCCGAUUAUACUCAGAUGAAGCACUGAUACAUAAUAGCCGAGCAGAGUUACCUAUAGCCUAGUAAUCCAAUUGGUUUUGACAUUGUUCCCUCUCGUUAAUUUAUACACGUACUGUUUCUCAGAUUUCUUGCUUCCAAAACAACUCCAUAUAUUUUGGUUUUAGAUCUUAACUACACAGAGCCUUAUAAAUAUAACCAAAAAGUAACUAAAACAGCAUUCAACUAGCAACACUACAACCUAGAGUUAGAGCAUUAAAAGCCAACUACAAAAUAACUAAAAACGAAAUUUACGAAUGGUGCAAUUACAAAUUUUAGAUCAGAGCUGUAUAUACAUACGAGGAAUUGCAAAUGUCACGCUCAUAAUUGAUUAAUCGAAUGUAUAUACACCCAGGUAAUAAAGAACAAAAACAAAUUCAUAAAUAACACACCCAUCCUCACCAGAAAAGUAUGCUAUUGGUGAUGUUCUGGCCUUCAAUUUCGCCCAGAAAACUCCCGAUUCAGUCUGAUAUUUAUAUAUAUAGAUCGCCAGGCAUAGAAAUGGUUCGAGUAAUUCGCUGAUUGGCGCCAAAGAAACUGAUAAAACCAUAUUAAUAUUAUAUAUAUACAUACAAUAUAUAUAUAGAUAUAUAUAUGUAAAUGUAUAUAUGCUUAUACAUAAGGUAUGUGUAUGGGUACCUCUAGUUACACAUAGAGAAAUAACGAGAUAACGAUAACGAGAACAACCUAACAAAAUUAAGCUUUUAUACGCCAGAAUUUUUUUCUAAACAAAUAUUAAUGAAAACCAACCUAAGUGACACUCAAGAGUAUACAUAAAAAAUACAUAAUUAAUUCUUGCAAAAAACAAAAACAACAACUCAAUUAACGAAUACCGUAUACAACGCCCUUAAGCGGAAAAUGAAAAAUAAUUUAAUUAUAUAAAUUAUAUACAAUGAUAGAGAAAAGCCUUAACCAAGAAAACACGCGCCUCAUUUUCGUUAUAUCCUUUAAUAAAUAAGACCCACUGCAAUGCUAACAAAACAAAUAUAUUAAAAAAAAACCUAAACAAAAAAAGUAAUAAAUGACAAAAAUACAUACUACUGCUAAUGAAAAAAAAAAACGAAAAACCAAAACAAUUACAAACAAAAUAUUUAGCAUUAUGCUCUAGACUUUAGACGAAAAAGAACCAAAAUUUUACAACAAGAAGAAUGAAGAACAAAACGCGUUAAAGCAAUGUUAAACAUUUUCCACCAAUUUGAAAAGCAAAACAACAAAAAAACCUAAAAAACUGAUGAUUACUGAAACUUACUUCGUACAUGCGCCCUUUGUUUAAACAACAAAAAAACAAAAGAAAUAUUAAAAAAUCGAAAAGCUGCCUAUUUAUAUAUUUACAAACAAACAAACAACAAAAAAGAGCGAAUUAACUACAAAUUUAACAACCACAAAAAAAAUACUACAUAUUGCAAUCGCAACAUUCCAAUAAAAAAAAAAUAAUAAAAUAACAAAAUUAAAAACCAAAAUUAAUAGGAAUAUGUAUAAAAAAAAGAAAAUAGUUUCAAAUCAAUUGAGUUUUGCGUUUUUCAUAACGCCCCGCCCCUCCCAAAAACCAAAAAAAAAAACCAAAACUUAGAAAAAGGACAUCAAGCAAGAUAAACAAAAUGGCUUUGCUGUGCAGAUUUACCGUUAUAUAUAUAUAUACAAACAAAAAACAAUAUAUAUAUGUAUAUAUACAGGUAGUUUAUACCAUUUGAAAAGCUUGCUAUAGGGCUCGUCUUUGGGCCAAAGAAAUUACCAAACAAGCCGCAAAAAAUAUGAA